AGCUUUGCGGAGCUGGGCGGUGCCGAGGAGGGGGAGGUGGCGGCCUGGGUCUGACGCGGCCGGGUUUGCUGGGGGCCCCGCUGGUUUAUUUAUUUAUUUAUCGUGGGUUCCUCCGAGUGUGCGCGCGCUCUCGCUGCUCGGCGGGGAGGGGGUGGGGGGAGGGCCCGGGAAAGGGGGAGUUGGAGCUGGGGUCGAAACGCCGCGUGACUUGUAGGUGAGACAACGCCGAGCCGUCGCCGCAGCCUCCGCCGCCGAGAAGCCCUUGUUCCCGCUGCCGGGAAGGAGAAGUCUGGUGCCGACAAGAUGGCGGACGGGGAGCUGAACGUGGACAGCCUCAUCACCCGUCUGCUGGAGGUACGAGGAUGUCGUCCAGGAAAGAUUGUACAGAUGACUGAAGCAGAAGUUCGAGGCUUAUGUAUCAAGUCUCGGGAGAUCUUUCUCAGCCAGCCUAUUCUUUUGGAAUUGGAAGCACCACUGAAAAUUUGUGGAGAUAUUCAUGGACAGUAUACAGAUUUACUGAGAUUAUUUGAAUACGGAGGUUUCCCACCAGAAGCCAACUAUCUUUUCUUAGGAGAUUAUGUGGACAGAGGAAAGCAGUCAUUGGAAACCAUUUGUUUGCUAUUGGCUUAUAAAAUCAAAUAUCCAGAGAACUUCUUUCUCUUGAGAGGAAACCAUGAGUGUGCUAGCAUCAAUCGCAUUUAUGGAUUUUAUGAUGAAUGCAAACGAAGGUUUAAUAUUAAAUUGUGGGAGACCUUCACUGAUUGUUUUAACUGUCUGCCUAUAGCUGCCAUUGUGGAUGAGAAGAUCUUCUGUUGUCAUGGAGGACUGUCACCAGAUCUUCAAUCUAUGGAACAAAUUCGGAGAAUUAUGAGACCCACGGAUGUCCCUGAUACAGGUUUGCUCUGUGAUUUGCUGUGGUCUGACCCAGAUAAAGAUGUGCAAGGCUGGGGAGAAAAUGAUCGUGGUGUUUCGUUCACUUUUGGAGCUGAUGUAGUCAGUAAAUUUCUGAAUCGUCAUGAUUUAGACUUGAUUUGUCGAGCUCAUCAGGUGGUGGAAGAUGGAUAUGAAUUUUUUGCUAAGAGACAAUUGGUAACCCUAUUUUCAGCCCCAAAUUACUGUGGGGAGUUUGAUAAUGCUGGUGGAAUGAUGAGCGUGGAUGAAACUUUGAUGUGUUCUUUUCAGAUAUUGAAACCAUCUGAAAAGAAAGCUAAGUACCAGUAUGGUGGACUGAAUUCUGGACGCCCUGUCACUCCACCUCGAACAGCUAAUCCACCGAAGAAAAGGUGAAGAAAGGAAUUCUGUAAAGAAACCAUCAGAUUUGUUAAGGACAUACUUCAUAAUAUAUAAGUGUGCACUGUAAAACCAUCCAGCCAUUUGACACCCUUUAUGAUGUCACACCUUUAACUUAAGGAGACGGGUAAAGGAUCUUAAAUUUUUUUCUAAUAGAAAGAUGUGCUACACUGUAUUGUAAUAAGUAUACUCUGUUAUAAUAUUCAACAAAGAUAAACCCAAAUUAAAAAUUAUUCAUUAAAGUUACAUCUUAACGUAUCACAAUUUUUAAAGUUGAAAAGCAUCCCAGUUAAACUAGAUGUGAUAGUUAAAUCAGAUGAAAGCAUGAUGAUCCAUCUGUGUAAUGUGGUUUUAGUGUUGCUUGGUUGUUUAAUUAUUUUGGCUUGUUUUGUUUUGUUUGUUUUUGCUAGAAUAAUGGCAAAUAUUUUUUUUUCCCUAAACAUUUUAAAAAGUGAAAUAUGGGAAGAGCUUUAAAGACAUUCACCAACUAUUAUUUUCCCUUGCUUAUGUACUUGUUUGAUCUUACUAAGAAAACUUAUGCCUCAUUACAGUAAAAAGGAAUUUUAGAGAUUGAUUGUUUUUAAAAAUAUGCAAACUGUACAAUCCAAUGAUUUUAAUCAGUUUGAUGGGCAAACUUUACAGCUGAUAGUGAAUAUUUUGCUUAUACAGAAAAUACCACUGAUUUGGAUUUGUGCACUCUAACUUUUAACUUGAUGCUCUAUUGUGCAGUAGCAUUUCAUUUAACUUUAAGAUAAGGCUCAUAGUAUUACCCACCUAGUUGGUAAUGUGAUUAUGUGGUACCUUGGCUUUAGGUUUUAAUUCGCACGAAACACUUUUGGCAUGCUUAACUUUUUGGUAACACCCUCACCUGCAUUGGUUUUGUUUUUUGGGGUUUUUGUUGUUGUUUUGUUUUUAGAUUUACAGAACAUGAGAAUCCUUUUUUGACAAGCCUUGGAAAGCUGACACUAUCUUUUUUUUCUCUCUCUAUACGAAGGAUGUAUUUAAAUGAAUGCUGGUCAGUGGGAUAUUUUGUCAACUAUGGGUAUUGGGUGCUUAACUGUCUAAUAUUGCCAUGUGAAUGUUGUAUGCGAUUGUAAGGCUUAUGUCACUAAAGAUUUUUAUUCUGAUUUUUCAUAAUCAAAGGUCAUAUGAUUAUUGUAUAGACAUGCUUUGUAGUGAACUAUAGUAGCAAUAAUUUCUGUACAUGAUCAAGAGUUUAUUGCAUUUCUUUUCCUGUUCUCUUUUUUUUAAGGGUUAGUAUUAACAAAUGGCAAGGAGUAGAAAAGUCAACAAAAAGAUUUUAGAAGGAGAACUUACAGGAUUACAGGACACAGAUUUUUGAUGCUUUGGAUGUGACACUAUUGGAUGUGAUUCUAAAAGCUUUUUAUUGAGCAUUGUCAAAUUUGUAAGCUUCAUAGGGAUGGACAUCAUAUUUAUAAUGCCCUUCUAUAUGUGCUACCAUAGAUGUGAAAUUCUUGACCUUAAUAUCGUCUUUGAAAAUGUUAAAUUGAGAGUUCUGUUAACUUAGAUUUUAUGAAUUGGCGCAUUGUAUUACUGCAAGAGAUUUGAUUUUCAGCACAGUGCAAAAGUUCUUUAAAACGCAUAUGUCUUUUUUUCUAAUUCCAUUAUGUUUUAAAGCACAUUUUAAAUGUAGUUUUCUCAUUUAGUAAAACUUGUCUAAUUGAUAUGAA